CCUCCUGUAAUUUGCAUAUUCAUGAGCGCGCGAGCGGUGAGGAGAGCGGUGCCAGCCAAUGGGGGUGAGGGGGUGGGCAAGCGAGGAGCUCGCGCGCCAGAGUCACGUGGGGCGGUCGGGCGGGCCGUCCUCGUUGACCCCGCCCCCUCCUCCUCGACCGCUAGCCCCGCCCCCAUCACAGCAUCAGCCCCGCCUCCCCGACAAGAACUCAGCCGCAGACGGCGGAGGAGAGACAAAGGCGCGCGUGGAGACAAGCGGGAGACACGCGGGAGACACGCGUGGAGACACGCGUGGAGACAAGCGGGAGACAAGGGGGAGACAAAGAGGAAGGCGAAGCAGGGAGUGAUGGCUGCCGGCAACGCUGCGACGGUGAGGAGGAGGCCCAAGGCUGGGAACCCGGACGGCGUUGGGGCUGCUGACAUUGCAGACGCAGCCUGUGGAGCCGGGCAGUGGGGACGUGCCUGGGAGGUGGACUGGCUGUCCCUGUCUGCGGUGGUGCUGCUGCUGCUGUGCGCCCCUCUGCUGGUCUUUGCGCUGGUGACGGCCUGCGACCAGUUCCAGUGCUCGCUCGCUGAGCCGUUACUCCACCUCUACUCGGGCCGCUCCACCCUCCGAGACAUCUGGGCACGCUCGCCCCCCAUCACGUCCACCGCUGGUGUUAUCUACGUCCUGUGGGUCGCCUUCCAGGCGUUCCUCUACCGCUGCCUGCCUGAUGUUUGCCACAAGAUGAUCCCCGGCUACGCGGGCGGGGUCCAGGAGGGGGCGCGCACACCCGCAGGUGCGGUGGUGCUGUACCAGGUGAACGGCCUGCAGGCCUGGCUGCUGACCCACCUGCUGUGGGCUGCCAACGCGAGCUACUUCCACUUCUUCUCUCCCACCAUCGUCUUCGACCACUGGGGGUCGCUGCUGUGGUGCGCCAACCUCCUGGGGUACGGCGUCUCGGCCUUCGCCAUGCUCAAGGCCUACGCCUUCCCUAGCAACGCCGCGGACUGCAAGUUCACGGGCAACGUGUUCUACGACUUCAUGAUGGGCAUCGAGUUGAACCCUCGCAUCGGCCGCUGGUUCGACCUCAAGCUCUUCUUCAACGGUCGCCCGGGCAUCGUGGCCUGGACGCUCAUCAACCUCUCGUUUGCUGCUAAGCAGCAGCAGUUGCACGGACACGUCACCAACUCCAUGGUGCUCGUGAACGUGCUGCAGGCCAUUUACGUGCUGGACUUCUUCUGGAACGAAGCGUGGUACCUGAAGACCAUAGACAUCUGCCACGACCACUUUGGCUGGUACCUGGGCUGGGGUGAUUGCGUCUGGCUGCCCUACCUCUACACGCUGCAGGGUCUCUACCUGGUCUACAACCCCGUGCGGCUGUCCACUCCGGCGGCGGUGGGCGUGCUGCUGCUGGGCCUGUCGGGGUACUUUGUGUUCCGAGUGAGCAACCACCAGAAGGACCUCUUCCGGCGCACGGACGGCCGCUGCCUCAUCUGGGGGUCCGCCCCGCGCUCCGUCGAGUGCUCCUACGCCUCCGCCGAUGGGCGGCGCCACCGCAGCCGCCUGCUGGCGUCGGGCUUCUGGGGGCUGGCGCGUCACUUCAACUACACGGGCGACCUGAUGGGGGCGCUGGCGUACUGCCUGGCGUGCGGCGGGGGCCACGCGCUGCCGUACUUCUACGCCGCCUACCUCGGGGUGCUGCUCGUGCACCGCUGCGUGCGCGACGAGCACCGCUGCUCGGCCAAGUACGGCGCCGACUGGCGGCGCUACACGGACGCCGUGCCCUACCGCAUGGUGCCGUACAUCUUCUAGAGUCGCCACCGGAGGGCCGUGCCGCACGAUGCCUCUGCUGGAGUCACGCCGCUGUGUGCCGUACCUCUUGGAGACUCGCGGUGCUCAGCCUCUUCUCGGGCUGUCGUGGUGGUGGCGGUGGUGGCUGUGGCGGUGAUGGUGGUGGCGGCGGUGGCGGUGGU